AUGGCCAGAAGCAAGAAAGCAGUUAACGAGGUGAAGAGGAAUAGCUGUCAGAGGACCAGCAGCAUUUCAUUAAGAGUGGUUAAGCCACAGAACACCUGUGUGAGGUGCAAGUUCUUCAGCCUCACGGAAACCCCCGAGGACUACACCAUCAUUGUGGAUGAAGAGGGCUUCCUAGAGCUCCCUUCCUCGGAGCACCUGAGCGUGGCCGAUGCCACAUGGCUUGCCCUCAACGUGGUGUCCGGCGGAGGCGGCUUCUCUGGCUCCCAGCCCAUCGGCGUGACCAAAAUUGCCAAGUCAGUCAUAGCACCACUAGCUGACCAAAACAUCUCAGUGUUCAUGCUCUCCACCUAUCAGACAGACUUCAUCCUGGUACGUGAGCGAGACCUGCCCUUCGUCAUGCACACGCUGGCUGCAGAGUUCACCAUCCUCAGAGUAGUGAAUGGGGAGACGGUGGCCGCCGAUGACCUUGGGAUAACAAAUGGAUUUGUCAAACCAAAAUUGGUUCAGAGGCCUGUCAUUCACCCCCUUUCCAGUCCGAGUAAUAUGUUCUGUGUCACCAGCCUGGACCCAGAUACCCUUCCCACUGUUGCUACACUCCUCAUGGAUGUCAUGUUUUACUCCAAUGGAGUAAAGGACUCGGUGGUGGGCAAUGAAGACUCGGGACACAUUCGCUUUUUCUCCUUUUCUCUCAUCGAGGGUUACAUCUCCUUGGUCAUGGAUGUCCAGACACAGCAGAGAUUUCCCAAUAAUUUGUUGUUUACAAGUGCAUCUGGUGAACUCUGGAAGAUGGUGCGGAUUGGUGGGCAGCCCCUUGGCUUCGAUGAAUGUGGAAUUGUCGCUCAGAUUUCUGAGCCUUUGGCCGCGGCCGACAUCCCAGCCUACUACAUCAGUACUUUUAAGUUUGAUCACGCGUUGGUACCUGAAGAAAAUAUAAACGGUGUGGUCAAUGCACUCCAAGUCAGUCAAGCUGAAAAGCAUUAGAAAUCUUCUGAGCUGGUUCCAGAUGCUUUUUAUUAUUAUUAUAAUUAUUAUUAUUAUUCUUUUUUUUUUUUUUUUCUCACAGUAUUUCUUGAAAAAUCUGAUUCCAGAGAGUGACAUGAAAAGAGACUGUGGAAAGUUGAGCAGAAACAGCUCCAAAUAGCCUUUGUUUUAAUUAUUAUUAUUAUUAUUA